AUGGCAGAGGUUUCUGAGUUAACCGCUGUAGUGGUGUUGAAAUGGAGAUCGAUGUCAAAUGAUGAACUGAACGAUGAACUCGCUCGAUGGAAUCGAAAUUUCUCCACCCGAUUUGCAUUCUCCGAUAUUUCGAUUGACAGUAGAAAGGAAAUUUCAUCCUUUUUCACGGAGCUCGUCGAUGAUAGAACGUCAAGUGAAAUUCGACGAAAACUUCUCGAAAUGGUGCGCCUUUUGGCAAGAGAUUCCAACAAUUUGGAAUACCUGCUCAAUGAGAGACUCUGUGAUUUCAUCUUCGAGCAAAAUGGAAUUUUAGAAGGGCAUAAUGCGGAAGAGAUUGAAUUGCAAUCAAUGAUAGAAGCCGAAAAGUGUUUGAUCAAUCUUUUGCGUCAAUCGGCGUCUGCUCGAGGCUUUUUUGAGAAAAAAGCGACUAAUGGAUUACUGAAACGACUGAAAGAAUAUACAAAUGGCAACGGUUUACAAUUGAAUGCUUUAUCGCAGCUGGCUGACAAGGAAGUAACGAACGAAAUUUGGUUCUUUGAUCUGCGAAUCGCAUUUAUCACUACAGCAUAUCUCCAAAGUUUACAAACGAUGUGUAGAAACGAUGAAUCUUUCAUGAAUGCUUUGAUAGUUACAAUUGAACAAGAGAUUCACAAUAGCACUUCUUCUGAGACAAGGGAGUUUCCCCGAGCCAGCGAAGCAAUGAAAGUUCUCUACAAUGUUAUUUGUCGAUGUGGUGGAAAGGACUUCCCGGAGAGUGUUGAUACAACGAGGCUGAUUGAGCUUUCAUGUGAAAUAAUCGGAAUCGAGAAAAUCGUGGGAAAAGAGCUAGUUCAACAUUCUGUCAAUCUGCUGACCGCAUUGCCACAAGGAACAAAGAUGUGCUCGAUUGCUUGCCCUCAGAUCACUUCCCACUAUGAAGGUCCACAUUUUGAUAGAAGAGACAUGAAAAUACCCGAUAAUUUGAUUAAAAUCCUUGCUCAACAGCUCGCUGAAGUGAAUCCAUCGGAACGAGAACUUUUAAACACAUAUUUUGUUAUCUUGCUCAUGUUGUGUACGGAAUGCAAAGAGGCAAGACGAUACUGUCGAUUAUUGGUUUUGCCGCCAUUAACAGCAGCGGAUGUGGCACGACGACCGGACGAAGGGGACACACUGAGAAAUAAAAUGAUACGAGCCAUUCACAGUACUGUCAGCCGGGAUCUUGCUGCCGAAUUCUUGUUCCUUUUGUGCAAAAGAUCCGUCCCUCGAAUGAUCAAGUAUACCGGUUUUGGGCAUGCUGCUGGUCUUUUUGCCGAUAGAGGUCUACUCGGGAAAGUUUCGGAGCGAAAGGAAGGAGACAGUGAAGAUUCGGAGACUGAAGAGUAUCAGAAUGUUUCGAAUGACGUAAAUCCCGUCUCCGGAUACAUUCAACAAAGAGGUGCGAAUCCACUUGAAGGGAUGACGGAAGAGCAAAAAGAAUACGAAGCGAUGAAACUUGUCAAUGCAAUAGAUCAGAUGAUGCGAAGUGGUGGAAUCCGGCCGGCAUCAAUUGGUGCUGAUGGCCGACCACGAGAAGUAUCACAUGUGCUUGAACUUUGCAAGGAUGCGCCCGAGAGUCGAGAGGAUUCAGAUGAUGAAAAU